AUGGUAAAUGCCCAAAAGUUUUUAAAAGAACUAAUAAAUUUAAGAAAUAAAAGAAAAUGCUAUGGAGAAAGAGAAAAAAUAACUAGUUUGGGAAUUAAUUCGCAAAUUCUAAGAAAAAAGGGUUUAUUAAAAGUAAACGAGUAUUUAGAAAAUUCUUUGAAUUUAGAAGGUUUCAUUAAUUUACAAAAUUUAGACUGUUCUUUCAACAAAAUUACCAAUUUAAUCUUAAAUGAUUGUUCACAAUUAAUUAGACUUGAUUGCAGUUAUAACCAGUUAGUUAAUUUGGGCUUAGAAGGAUUAAAUCAACUAGAAAAAAUUGUUUGUAGGGGCAAUUAUUUAAUUGAUUUAGAUUAUUCAGUUUUAGACCCUAAAAAAAUUACUUAUCUAGAUGUGGUUGAUAAUAACCUUUCUAAGCGAGAUUUAUCAAUCUUCAGCAGGUUUAUUAAUUUGCAAAAAUUACUAAUUGGUAAUGAUGAGAAAUUUAACAAAAUAAACCGCAACUAUUUCUUUGGUUCGUUAAAAUCAAUAGAAAGUUUAACUAAAUUAGAAGGAAUACAUAUUGGUGCAACCGACAUAGCAGAUUUACAAGAGUUAGGUCUUUUUCUUAGUGAAAGAAUUAAUAUUACUGAUGAUUGGCAAACAAUUAAUCAAGAAUUUACAUCGGAAUUACAACAAGAAUGA